AUGAAUAGCACUUUAACAAUUGACCCUUCAAGCAAUGGUACUACUGGUUACUUUCUUAUUAAAGAUGGACAAGUAUUUUUUGGAGAGAUAAAAACUACGGUUUAUGAACAACAAUUGACUAGUUUAUAUGAAUUGGUUAAAGAGAAGCAACCAACCAAUAUUAUUUAUGAAAGUAUUCAGUAUAUAAACAACCUUGCCGAUAAUACGGAAAGAGAAAUGGAAGUAAAAGAAUUAAAAGAAAAAUUGCAGAAACUAAUUAACUUUGCUACUAGAUUAGGAGAAAGAAGCAAGAAUUUAAGCAGACUAUUAUACCAACAGUAUUACGAAGUGGUCGAGUUAGAAAGAUUAGAAAAGUUAGAAGAAAAAGAAAGAUUGUUAGAAACGAUUGAGAAAGAAGUUGAAUUAAUCGAGUUACAAAAUCAAAAAGAAAUUGCUAAUGAACUAACCAAAAAGGAAUUUCUAAACCAACUGGAAAUAAGAUUAAAAACCUAUAGAGUAGAUAAAAAUAAAAAAGACUAUUGGAUUAUUAAAACUCGCCACGGAGAAUUUGCGGAUAAGACUUAUUUAGCUUUUUCAAGAAGAAUAGCAAUGCUUACCAUUCGCAAAAACCAACAACUAGAAAAAGUUAUUGAAAUGGAAAUUGAAAAAGAUUCUUCGUAG